AUGAAAUUGCUUUCCGAGUUUUAUUUAUUGAAUAUAGGAAAUCUUAUAUGUUGCCUUGGAUUAUCAGUAAUAGCUCCAUUUUAUCCAACAUAUGCUGAAAAAUUUGAUGUUUAAGGAUUCUUAUUAGGUCUCAUUUUUGCUAUUAAUCCAAUAGGAGGAAUAUUGUCUUCAUUAAUUGUUGGAAAGAUUCUAAAUAGAGUAAAAUUUUAUAUUAAUUUAUACUAAGAACAAUCAAACUAAUCUUUUAUCAUUAGGAAUGCUAAUUUAAUCUAUUGGUAUGUUUUGUUAUCCAUUUUUAACAUUUACUACUAAUAGAACAUUAUUUAUUAUCAUUUCCUUAUUAGGAAGGUUUAUAAGUGGAUUUGUAAUAUAUUAUAAAUAUUUUAGGGAGCAUAAACAUUUGUAACUCCUCUUUAUGCAAUAAUUACAUAGAAAUAUGCUGAUUCAAUCAAUUAAAAAAUGGCCAUCACAGAAUUUUUUUCCUCUUUUGGUUAUUUAUGUGGUCCAGUAAUUGGAUCGACCUUAUAUUCUCUAGGUGGAUUUUCAUUUCCAUUUAUUAUAUUUGGUUGCCUUUCUGUAAUCAUAGCCAUUAUAUUAAAAUUAAAUUUUGAGAAAUAAGAAAAAAGAGCCAUUAAUAAAGUUAAUGAAUCUGUGAUAUCUGAUAUAUACGAUAUAGAUUGUUCAUCAAAAUCAUUAUUUAAUGAUGAAGAAAAUAAUGUAUCAAUUGGUUAUUUUGAUCUUAUUAAAUAUUUCCCUGUAUCAUCAUCAUUAUUUGUAAUUUUAGCAUUAUGUAUUACUUUUACAUUUUAUUAUCCAACUUAUGCAAUCUAUUUUGAAGAGAAUUUUAAUAUUCCACCCUAACAUGUAGGUUUUUAUAUGUCUGCAGUUUCAUUAGCAUAUAGUAUUGGAGCUUUGACUAUAUCUCGAAUUUCUGUUAAUAAAUCAAUAGCUAUUUUUACAGGGAUGGUUUUUGUAUCGAUAUCAUAAUUUUUUAUGGGUCCAGAUCCAAUAAUGAAUAUCAGUCCUAGGAUAUUAAUUACUGUUAGUGCUUAAUCAAUUUUUGGAUUUUUUUCUGCACCACCUUACAUAAUGGCACUCCCUAAAAUUACAGAAGAAUUAUAAGAUAGAUUUAAAAAAUCAGAUCAUGAUAAAUGUAACUCAUUAGCAUCUGGUUUAUUUAAUGCUGUUAUUUCAACUGGUGAUUUUUUAGGUCCAGUAUUUUCAGGUGUGAUGGCUGAGUUCUUUUCAUUUCAAAGAUCAUGCAGUUUUUUAGGUUUGUAUUUAGUUGCUACAACUUUACUAUUUCUUCCAAAUCUAUUUAUAUCCAAGAAAAUUAAGAAAAUUUAAAUUAAAUCUUAUAAAGAAUAAUUAUGA